UACCCCCAGACUAUGACUGUUGGAAGGACAACCAGUCAAUGUGGAAAUGGUGAUGGAGCAGAUGAAGAAGAGCAGCGAAGUGGCAGUUCGUCUCAUCAUAAAGUCAGUCUCCUUACUCUCUACAGAAGACUGGACCGACACCAUCCAAAAGACCCAGGAACUGGCAAAGUCUUCAGUGAUGCUGUCCUAAGCAGUCAUUAACUCAGUUUGUUCGUUUUUUUAGCGAUGCAGUUGAUGAUGAUGUUAUAUACACAGUAUGUAUGAUUACAUUAUUCAAGUACGAGCUCCCAGGUCUGUAAGCACAAGUAAAAGUAUUAUACAAAUGGACUUGUUUUUCCCCUAC